AUAAAAAACAAUUGGCGUGCAAAAAUAGCUGUUAAAUUAAUGGCAAUAUUGACAUAUUUAAGUUUUAUAGUUAUUAAAUGAUUAAAAUUUAUUCGAGUAAACACCACAAUAUUUACAAAAUAGACGAGAACUUGGAUUAUUGAAUGCGGAAUGACUUACAAUGGAACAAGAGCGGAGACUUCGCGCACUGCGCCUGUUGCGUGUUCUCAGUGCGGUGCACGGCGUCACGUGCACGUUGCUCCUGAUUACCGCCGUCACGUCACGGUUACUGCACGGACCAGUCAACAAUGGCGUCCCUCCAUAUUACGUCGGCGCAUUCAUCUCUCUAUCUCUGUUACCUGUUGUUGCAGUCCUCGGGUUGGUCAUGUAUGUGAAGGCGAGGCAUUGUCUCAACAAACUUGAAACAGCGAAAAGCAUAGGUUGUCAGGUGCAUGUUUACUCCAUUCUUCUUCUCGUCAUCUUGGUGCUGUGUGUCGUGUCUUUCAUCAUCACCGGUGUCACCGGCAUCUGCGCCGCGAGUGAAUGUUCCUACAUGGAGGAGCCUGCCACCAACCGCGCCCUGGCGGCGACGUCUCUUGUGUUCAUCACAGCCUGUGUCAUCACUAGUGCAAUAUCCCUGGCCGUUGUGUGCGUGUACUCAAACAGUUUUGGAGUAAGGUUAUUUACCCGCGGACAGUUCCAAGUGUCGGUCAUUAACCCGGCGCAGGACGCGUAUGUUGCCGGUGCGGACGAGCCAACGGUGACGCCAGUGGUGCCGCUGAAGCCCUCCACCUCUGCCCAUCACGCGCAUUCUCACACACACCCGGACCCUCGAUUGGCUUCGCCGCCUCGAGACUUCGCCACUCAACAUCUACAGCACUAUCUUACACACCAAUACAAAGAAAGGAUUCGUAAACGACGAAAGCGAAAUAAACGAAGACAACAUGAACCCCAAGCACACACCGAACAAACAGAUGACCAUGUAGCCUCUUAUUUCAAUAUCCAUAGUCACAGACAAGCUGAGCGCAAGGCGUCUUAUGUUCUGCCACCGAUAGCCGGCCGGGCAUCAGUGCCAAGGACACCAUUACGUGACAUAAGUCCUUCAUCUCCACCGGAAUCACCGCCGUCAGUUUCACACGCCUUGUUUCCGCCACCAUCAUCGUCAAAUGUUGGAAGCGCACCUCCCCCACCCCCUCCAUCGACGACGCCCCCGUCUACGCCAACCACCGCGGAAUACACGCACGCUAUGUUCCCCAUGUCCUCAACUCCGCCUCCGCCAUCUAACUCUCCGCCAUCUGCAGCCGUCUCCAACUCACCCCCGGACUCCAUCACACCGCCACCCCUUCCCCCUAACCUCGUUCACGUAAUACCGUACGGUGGCUUCCUGGAUGACGAGGAGGGUCCGCCGCCCUAUUACUUCGAAUGAGCAGGUUACUUAAGUCCCUGGUGGCUGUUAUAACUUGAAUUUGUUGGCGCUGAAUCAGUAGUAGAGCAGACCUUGGAAAUUAGUUGUUACUGAGCAUUGCGUUAAAAGUGUUGUUUGUUGUCUUAUUUGUAUGAUGUUUUGUGGAUAAAGCUUACAUGUGAUAUUGCAAAA